AUGAGUGACCGCAUUUACGCAGCGGAUACUGGCUACCCAAGUGACUACGAGCCAAGUGCUUCAUACGACACCCUCGGAACAAACUAUGAUUCGACCGGCACGACAUAUGAUCUCACAGUCGGUUAUUCUCCAUCAGGCUACGGCACGACUACCACCGCCGCCACUGGUCUCAGCUACGAUGCCGACGCUUAUGACACUGGGUAUGGUACAACAGCAUACGAUCCCAGCACCGGUGCAUACGAUCAACACCUCGACUAUCGCACCGAUGACUCACGACGACACCACCGUGAGCGCCUCGACUCUACCGGCACAUACCGACACCGGGAUGUUGACCGCCGCGACGACGGAAGUACCCACGUCCAUCGGGAAUACAUGAACCCCAAUACUGGUACCAGCUACCACCGUGACUAUGAGCGUUGA